ACAAGGUCCACUGCCAUUUUAGUGUGUCUCUGCUGAGUAAAGAAAAAUGGCUUCCAAAUUUCUCUUUUUCUUUGCUAUCCUCUUCUUUUCAGCUGUCUCUGCUUUUGCAGAUGACAGUCCUAGUCUUGUAAUGGACUACUACAAGGACACUUGCCCUCAAGCUGAAGAAAUCAUCAGAGAGCAAGUCAAGCUUCUCUACAAACGCCACAAGAACACUGCAUUUUCUUGGCUCAGAAACAUUUUCCAUGACUGCUUUGUUGAGUCAUGUGAUGCUUCAUUGUUGCUGGACUCAACAAGGAGGAUGCUGUCAGAGAAGGAGACAGACAGGAGUUUUGGUAUGAGAAACUUCAGAUACAUUGAGACUAUUAAGGAAGCUGUUGAAAGGGAGUGUCCUGGCGUUGUUUCCUGUUCUGAUAUUCUUGUUUUGUCUGGUAGAGAUGGCAUUGUUGCUCUAGGAGGGCCACACAUCCCACUCAAAACAGGAAGAAGAGAUGGAAGGAAGAGCAGAGCAGAUAUUCUUGAACAACACCUCCCAGACCACAAUGAAAGCAUGAGUGUUGUUCUUGAUAGGUUUGCCAACAUUGGAAUCAACACUCCUGGAGUUGUUGCCUUGCUAGGGGCACACAGUGUGGGAAGAACACACUGUGUGAAGUUGGUUCACCGUUUGUAUCCAGAAGUAGACCCUCAGCUGAACCCAGAUCAUGUACCCCACAUGCUCAAGAAGUGCCCUGACCCAAUUCCAGACCCAAAGGCUGUGCAGUAUGUGAGAAAUGACAGAGGCACCCCCAUGAAGCUAGACAACAACUACUACAGGAACAUAUUGGACAACAAGGGCUUGAUGUUAGUUGACCACCAACUAGCAACAGACAAGAGGACUAAGCCCUAUGUAAAGAAAAUGGCAAAGAGCCAAGAUUAUUUCUUCAAGGAAUUUUCAAGAGCCAUCACUAUUCUUUCUGAGAACAAUCCACUCACUGGGACAAAGGGUGAAAUCAGAAAGCAGUGCAAUCUUGCCAACAAGCUCCACUAAAGAUCUUGCCUUUGCUUGCUAUGUGGUUGUACUCAUUUAUCACUUUUACCCUUCCUUUGUGUAUAGGUUGAGGGAGUGGACAGUGAAAAAUGAUAGGAAUAAGAUGGUUUUAAUAUCUAAGUGUUGUAAGUUUGUGUGGUGGGCAUGAAAGUGGUGGUGACCAUGUUCAUUACAUUCCAUGUUCUGUUUGUAAAAUUUACUGUUUUAGCUACCCUCUUAAGUUAUAAUGAGCUUCAUGUUGGUAUUUGGCCAUGGUUGAAUUGAAAGAGGUGUUAAUUUGAUGUGUUUA